AUGUCCGGCGCCCCCAUCACGAUGACCGACGGCAAGCUCUCCGUGCCGGACGAGCCGAUCAUCCCGUUCAUCGAGGGCGACGGCACCGGGCCCGACAUCUGGGCCGCUUCGCAGCUGGUCUUGGACGCCGCGGUCGAGAAGGCGUACGGCGGCGCGAAGAAGAUCGCCUGGACCGAGGUCCUCGCCGGCCAGAAGGCGUUCGACCAGACGGGCGAGUGGCUCCCCGAGGCGACGCUCGACUCGUUCCGCAAGCACCUGGUCGGCAUCAAGGGCCCGCUCACCACGCCCGUCGGCGGCGGCAUCCGCUCGAUCAACGUCGCCCUCCGGCAGAUCCUCGACCUCUACACGUGUUUGCGCCCGGUGCAGUACUUCACCGGUGUCCCGUCGCCGGUCACGCGGCCGGAGCUGACCGACAUGGUCAUCUUCCGUGAGAACACCGAGGACAUCUACGCCGGCGUCGAGUUCGCCGGCGGCACCGACGAGGCGAAGAAGGUGCUCGACUUCCUCGAGUCCGAUUUCCCCGAGCGCUUCGCCAAGAUCCGCUUCGGCACGGCCGACAAGGCGGCCGCCUGGCGCGAGGCGGUCGGCCACGGCGCCGACCCGAGCCUCGAGUGCGGCAUCGGCAUCAAGCCGGUGAGCAAGCAGGGCACUCAGCGGCUCGUCCACUCAGCCAUCCAGUACGCGAUCGACAACGACCGCGACUCGGUCACCCUUGUCCACAAGGGGAACAUCAUGAAGUUCACCGAGGGCGCCUUCCGCGACUGGGGCUACGAGCUUGCCGCCCAAGCGUUCGACGCCGAGCCGCUCGACGGCGGCCCCUGGCACGUCAUCAAGAAGGGGCAGCACGGCGCCAAGCAGGACAUCGUCGUCAAGGACGUCAUCGCCGACGCGAUGCUCCAGCAGAUCCUCACCCGCCCGGCCGAGUACAGCGUGAUCGCCACGCUGAACCUCAACGGCGACUACAUCAGCGACGCCCUGGCCGCGUGCGUCGGCGGCAUCGGCAUCGCCCCCGGCGGCAACAUCAACUACGUCACCGGCCACGCCAUCUUCGAGGCGACUCACGGCACGGCGCCCAAGUACGCCGGCCAGGACAAGGUGAACCCAGGCAGCGUGAUCCUGUCGGGCGAGAUGAUGCUGCGUCACCUCGGCUGGACCGAGGCGGCCGACCUGAUCGUGAAGGGCCUGAACGGCGCGAUCGGCGCGAAGACGGUCACCUACGACUUCGAGCGCCUGAUGGACGGCGCGACGCUGGUGAAGUGCAGCGAGUUCGGCGCGGCGAUCGUGAAGCACAUGGGGUUGACCAGCCACCUGGGUGGCCGGGGACGCUGCGAAGCGGCGCCCCCGGUGAAUCGCCAACGCGACAUCUACUUGCUAAUUACCGGGGAAGCCUUGGGUACCGGGGCAUCGCUGUACGAAGCAUGCGACGAAGUCGGUGUCGACCCAGACUUCGUAGGUAACUUCGCGAAUCGCUGUAGUCAGGUCCCCGACUUCGAAGGCGUGAUGGCCGCUCGCGACGGCUUAGAUGCCGUGGUUCCUAUCUUCUGCCAGGAAGAUGACGGACCAAUGAAACAAGUGGCGUCCGCAGUCUUACUCGCACUAGGAGAUGAGCUCUUCCUUCUUACGGCCGCGCACGUCGUUGAUGAAUGGCAGGGUGGAUCGCACCUGCUGAUGCCCGCGGCCGAUCAUAUCCGCUCAAUCGGAGGCGACCUGGGAUACACACCCUUACCGCCGGGUGGGAAUCGCGAAGAGGAUAAGGUUGACAUCGCUUACCUGCGACUCGACAGCGCUUGGAAAGAGAUGCUCCACAAAGACGCAAAACCGCUUGGCAAGCAGGCGUUGCUGCUCACUGACAACGACCCACCGGGCGCGUUGCACACCUUCGCGGGUUACCCAUGGCGGCUGACAGAUCAAACAGAGGAAGGGUUUGCCGGCGACCGCACGACAUAUACGGGCCAUCUCUACGCUCCAGAUGUGUUUGAGACUCUCGGGUACUCACCUGUUGCACACGUGCUCGUUCGCGUACGCAGGCGUAAGACCUACAGCACUCGCUAUGGAGGGCGAAGGGCCGCGGGUCAUCCUGAGGGAAUAAGCGGAGGCGCAGUCUUUUCAUGGCCACCGACGGUUGCGCAACGCGCUAGCGAUCAACCGCUCCGGCUUGCGGCAAUCGGCCACACGUACCAUGCAAAGGAACACUGUCUGGCUGGAACUCGGGUCAUCUCACUGAUCAUGGCGAUCAUCGACCGUUUCCCCGAACUCGCGAAGUGCUUCGACGAUGUCGAGGUUGCAUGUGACGAGUUUUUCGAUUUCUUGCAGAAGCAUAGUGUUGGAUGCAUUAACCGUGCCGCUUCGGUUCUAGUCGGCAUGCCGUGGUACACGCAUGACACCUACGCACAGUGCGUUCGUGACUUUGACGACGGGGAGUCUAUGCCUGACACCUUCGAGGCAUGGCUCCAUGCCGCACUCGAGUCCGAGAAGAGCGUUUAUGCAUCGGGCUCAGCCGUGUGGAGAGCUCAUGUUCGACCGGGCACAAUUCGUCCGUGGUGUGCGGCCCGGGGGAUCGAGCGCGUCGACGGCAAGGCCCGCCGCGGUUGGCGCCAAUCGCGCUGGAGCACGCAGCGCUGGACCCGCAGCUACAACGCCCCGAGCCGCACCGUCUACGCCCGCUCGUCGACCGACCCGGUGUGGCCCAGCUCGGUCCGGCGGAGUUACAACCCGAUCACCUACUCGGGCAUCAGCCGCGCCGAGCAAAACGCCCAACGCCGCCGCGACGCCUGGUACGAAGAAGCCUACAACGGCUGGCGGGCGACAGCGCGUAGCCGGGGGCGCCAGCCCCCGGAAUCCGACGUCGCACAACACCAAGCCCCGGAGGGGCGACAGCGCUUCCGCACGCCGGUUGCUGUCGCCCCUCCGGGGCUCUUGCCUUGGCGCGGUCGCCAUCGACCGGGGGCUCGCGCCCCCGGCUACGCGCUUUCGCCCCUCCGGGGCUUUCUUCGUCGUGGGAACCGAACGCGUUGGGCCUUCUCGACAUUGAUGUGGGAGGUAACGGCGCCGGCUGAAUCGGCUCUUGGGAAGUCGCGGCGGCGACCCUGUCGGCCCGCGGCGUUCGUUCUGGAUGAGCCUUCUACGGAGGCGACCCGCCCCCGCGGAACAGGACUUUCAAAACGAACGAGGCUCACGAUGCUCCGCACCUUCUUCUUGGCGGCCGCGGCGACGGUCUGCGCGACCGCCGCUCACGCCGGUCGGUUCUACGACUUCGUCGAGACCGGGACCGGCGACACGAUCGCCCACUUGUGGCUGACGGAACUGCCUGCCUCUCAGGACGAAGUCGUCGAGCUGCGAUUCACGCCCAAGGGGCAGGCGCUGUUUGGCUUCGGCGACGUCUACCCCAAGCCGCUCGAGAACACGGCGAUCAGCCUGGCCUACGACGACGGGAUGGGGGGCCUCGGCCCGACCGACGACGGCGAGCCGUGGAUGCUCCCGGCGAUCUUCGACGAGAACCCGGCCGACUCGACGAUCGUCGACGUGCCGGUCUAUCCCAUCUUCCGGGUCGGCUACCGCAACGCCGCCGGCAUGGACGAGCUGCGUUUCAAAUGGAGCGACUCGAUCACCGGCCACGGCUCGGUCUCCGUGCUCGGCGACUGGGUCCAGACGACCCCCGAACCAAGCGGCGGCGUGCUGGCCGCGAUCGGCCUGGCGGCGGCGGCCCGCGGACGCCGUCGACGAGCAGUCGCGAGCGGCGCGUGA